CAUGAAGCAAAACCGUGGAGCUCUAGCCCUGUUGGGGACCUGAUUGAUUGCCUUCAUCGACGCCAAUUCAAGGACGUUUCCAUGCCCUUUCGGGUUUUGCCUGGGAACCGUGGAGACAAAGCGUUUUUCUUUUUUUUUUUUUUUUUUUUUAACGCAUGCCUCGAGGCUCUGGUGCGAAAAUUGGGUUGAAAACGAGAGUGCUUUGGCUGAAUUCGGGUUGAAACGAGGGCCAUCUGCAGAAUUUUGGACUUGGUUGAGGUAGGAGCGAGAGUUUUGGGUUACUGGUUUGUUGCAUGAAUGAAAAGGGAGUGGAAUGGGGUGGCGUUCGAUCAAGCUGCGUAGUGAAUUAGGAUGCGAGAUUGUCAGUGUCGGGGUUUUAGGUGAAUUCUUGAGGGAGUUUCUGUUUUGUUUUUUCUUUUGUGGAUUUGAAGGGAUUUUUGAUGGAUUGGUUUGGGUUCGAAUUGCGGAUGAAGUUGUGGGAUUUAGUGGGUUCGAGGAGGGGGAUAGUGUGUUGAGGAAGUCGAAAAAGGGCUGGACCCUUCCACGAAGUUUGUUCAAGUGCGUAUUUUUGUACGUGGUGCUGCGGUUGUGGAAUCGACGACUCGAAGCUCAUGUUUUAGGUUUCUUGAGUUAGAUGUUGUUAACUUCUAUUGGGACUUCCAUGGAGAUAGAUUAUUGGUGCAGGGCCAGGAAGUGUUGGUGUUAAAGAAUGAUAACGAAAAGAGAGUACAAUUGUAUCAAAGACUGGCUUCUACAUGAACUAGGUUUCUGGAAUGGGAAGCGAAAGCAGGAUGUGUGUCUGAAUGAUAGUGUUAGAAAUCAAAUCAGUACCAGCGCAUGAAUGGUUGUGUUGUGGCUAUCAGGAAACGGCAUAUAUUUUUGUAGCUUCUUGUGAUAUAUUCAUGUAUUCAAAGCGUGUUGUACAUAAUAUUAGUGGUUAGUAAAUGUGAUCAUCGUCACAUUACAUAGCGUGAUGCUCACGGUUGCAGAGAUCUGGGGGCAAGGACACAGAAUUUUAGAGGAUCAGAUACAGACGUGGUGGAUUUGAAUUCAAGAAGAAGACAAUUUCGAAGCCAUGAAGUUGUAUGGAGUUGGGGCUGCUGUUGUUGCCCUAGGUUUAGAGGGCUCUGCUCACGAUUGGGCUAUCUUGGUGGCUGGAGUGUUUGUUCUCUUCUCUCUGUCACUGUCAACAUUUCUCCUCUUUGAACACCUCUCGACCUAUAAUGAUCCCGAGGAGCAAAAAUGGAUAAUUGGCAUCAUCUUCAUGGUCCCAGUCUACGGGGUAACUUCAUUCAUUUCAUUAUGUAAACCAGAUCUUUCGUUGCGGUUCAGCAUUGUGGGCAAUUGUUACGAGGCCUAUGCGCUUUACUCGUUUGGAUGCUACUUGAUAGCAUGCUUAGUGAUUGUUUCUGUCUCAGGUGGGGAGGACACAGUGGUGCGGAAAUUAGACAGGCAAGGGCUGAUGGGACCGCGCACACCGUUAUUGGAGCACAGUGCAGGAAUUAGAGCUUUGGUGCAGCAUCCCGCACCCUUGAAGUGGUGCAUGGACCCCUGGGAAUUGGGACGUCCUUUUUAUAACGCGGCGAAGUUUGGCAUAGUGCAGUAUAUGAUAUUGAAAACAGCGUGUGCCUUGAUAGCACUGAUGUUGGAUUUUGUCAACCGGUAUGGUGAUGGGGAAUUCACGUGGCACAAUGGGUACCCUUACAUAACGGUGGUUCUUAACUUCAGUCAAACUUGGGCACUUUAUUGUUUGGUACAAUUCUACUAUGUCACUCAUGAGGAGCUGCGGGAUAUCAAGCCAUUGUCCAAAUUUGUGUGUUUCAAAGCUAUUGUUUUUGCUACUUGGUGGCAAGGGGUCUUGCUGGCGUGCAUUUUUUCAUUUCCUUUCGUCACGUCGUCGGGGAAUAUUCAGACCAGCCUUCAGAACUUUUUGAUUUGUAUUGAGAUGGCGGUUGCAGCUAUAGCUCAUUUAUACGUAUUUCCUGCUACACCAUAUCAUGAAUUAGAAGGUGGGAAGGAUCGUAGUGUAAAAGUACUUGCUGACUACGCAGCAUUUGAUUCACCUCUUGAUCCGGAAGAGGUCCGAGAGAGUGAACGACCAUCUAUGGUAAAGUUCUUUGGUGUAGAUUUAGAGAAGGGAGCCACCAGCGUAAAAGAAAGUUUCCAUGACGUACUUGUAGUCGGUGGAAACCAUGUUGUGCACGAUAUGAAGGUAACUAUGUCUCAAGCAGUGGAACCUGUGGAAAAGGGGUUUACGCGGAUAAAUGAGACUAUCCAAUUUUGGGGUGGAAAGCAAAAGGAGAAAAAGAAGAAAGUGAGCAAGGAUGAUUCCUGGGUAGCUUCUCAGAAAACUACGCAUUCUGACGAUGCGAGGGGUUAUGAUGACCCCCUGUUAACAGGAAGCGUCAGUGACAGUGGGUUCUGGCGAGCUAAGAGGUCCAGCUAUGGUAGUGCUGAUAGUAGUGGUGGAGAAAAUAGUGACUCUGGAUUUGGAGGUUUUAAAACAAGUGGCAAGCGCUGGACUAUAAAGAGGUGACACCUUUCACACGUGAUUGUAAUUAGUUUUACCUUAAACUUGCUGUUAUUGCUGAUAAGAGUACUAGUGCUCGAAUUUGAGCAAGAGAUUGGCCUCAUAGCAAUUAUCUUGUGAGUAAAAUUGAGGUUGAGGGGCUCUAAUCCGCCCCCCUUGUGUACACUAUCAAUAAUGUUUGGGUGUGGCGUCCACCUUGAUAUUCAGAAGCGAUACCUGAAUUUGAUUUUAGAGCCUUCAAACACCAUCACUGACGCAUUGAAUAUUUACCCACUUUUUUA